AUGCGGGCUCACCCUGUUAAAGCUCUGACAGUUUCAUCUGUAGUAGCAGCACAUAAUUCCACCACGUUGCUGCUUCUACUAUUGCAUUUAGAAAUUAAAGAUAACCUGUAUCUGGUGCUCGAACUUUGUACGGGCACUUUGGCGAAGGAGUUCUACGAGCGCCGGCCGUUCAGCGAGGCGGACACCCGCGAGGUGAUCCGCAAGCUGGCCAGUGCGGUCGCCUAUCUACACAGCAAUGGUAUCGUGCACAGGGACCUGAAGCUGGAGAAUAUCCUGCUGACAACGAACCCGGACGACCCGGAGGACAAACUCUACAUCAAGGUGACCGACUUCGGGCAGAGCGUCGUCCGCAGCGGAGUCGCCUACGACCAGAUGCUGCACGAGCGCUGCGGCACCAUGGCCUAUAUGGCUCCCGAGGUAAUGGAAUUGCGCAUGUACUCGCACCAGUGCGACGUGUGGUCCAUGGGCGUCAUCACGUACCUGCUGCUCGUCGGAGACUUUCCGUUCACCGGCGACAGUCCGGAACAACUCAGGCAGCGAGUACUCAACGACGAACUACGCUUCGGUCGUAAGUUACUGUCAAAUCUCCUCGAUAGCUCAAAGUAUGCCUUUAGUGUUAAACAGCAACAAUCAGAAAUAAUGGCCAGAACGUUCCGCACCUCGCAGGUUGAUCAAAAAGUGACCAAAAAGUCUGUAUAA